UUAUUUCCCGAUAUAAAUAAAUGUGUGUUUCCAUUUCGGCGAGAAACACACGAACAGAAUGGCGCUGAGAGCUGCUGCGGACGGAGGGCCGCCGGAGGUCACUCUGGAAACUUCAAUGGGCGCUGUUACCAUUGAGAUGUACUACCAUCAUGCGCCCAGGACCUGUGAGAAUUUCGUCAAGCUAGCUCGCAAGGGCUACUACAACAAUGUCAAAUUCCAUAGAAUCAUUAAGGACUUUAUAGUUCAAGGAGGCGAUCCUACUGGAACUGGAAGGGGUGGCGAAUCUAUCUAUGGUAAGCACUUUGAUGAUGAGAUACACAGGGAUUUGAAGCAUACAGGAGCUGGUAUCAUAUCCAUGGCAAAUGCUGGUCCAAAUACAAAUGGGAGCCAGUUCUUUAUAACUUUAGCACCAGCACCCUCACUCGAUGGAAAACAUACAAUAUUUGGAAGAGUAUGUAGAGGAAUGGAGAUUGUCAAGAGACUUGGCAGUGUUCAAACCGAUAAUACUGAUCGUCCUAUUCAUGACGUCAAGAUACUCCGCGCAACUGUGAAAGAUUAGCUCUUUGCUACAUCUAGAUUGCAAGGAUUACCUCUGCUGACACUCUCAAAAUGCUCGUAAGUCGAUUUUACUGAAAAUUUGUAUCUGGUUUGAAGGUGAAGUUAUAUGAAUUCUGGUAUGAUGCCUCGUGGUUUAUAUGCUGCGCGGUAGAAACAGAUUUCAAAUGGUAACAUGUAUGAUUUUCUGUACCAAUUCCUGGUCAGAACAUACAACGCCCAUAUGGCAAUGUACAUUGUUAUUAUUGUGUUUUGGGACAUAAUCUGGCUGACAUUUCUAUUUGACCAA